CUUUUUUUUAUUUGGUGCCAACUCCGUUCGUUUCAUCUCGCCGCCAGCUUUCUUCUUCGUUGAGGGCUAACCUAGUCUUCACGCGCUCUCCUCGCUUCCCCUUCUUUCUUUUUUCACAGACCAUGCCACCUUUCUUCAACAUGCGUCGUUUCUCCCGCAGCAACUCCAUCCAUAAUCGUGAAUCUCCUCAGUCGCCGCCAACGUCCUUCACCCCUCCACUCACUCACGCUCCGAUGAUGCCGAACGGAACAGCUGGUUCUCAACAAGGCUCUCAUCAGUCGCGACCCGUGUCAGCCAACACUAGCUCAAGCUUUGACUUUGCCAAUCGACCUCCGGCUCAGUAUCAAAUGUCGACUCUCCCAUCCAACACCAUCGGUAACCUUUCACGGACCGACCAGGUUGUCUUGCGACACUUUUGGGAAGUGAAGAAUGAAGAAAACAAAGGUAGAGACCUUCAUUUUCUCAAGUUCCCAUUCUUUUCUCAAUAUCCGAACCACCAGGAUCUGAUCCCUUAUUGUGAGAUCUACCACCUGGUCAAGACUUCACCUGGUGCCAAAAUCAUCAGUUUGGGCAGCACCAGCAAUGGUGUAUACAUUGGAUUCGAAUUGUUCUCCGGAUCUCAGCUCCACAUCGACAUGGACGAUUCCUGGCACAACAUCUCCCACCACCGUGUGUCUUUCAAGUCCUACGACAACAUGCUCAAGGACCCCACGUCGGAAUCGACGUUCAAGUCGUGGCCCAAGCCUCUUACGAUUGAGUAUCUGGAGGAACAGUUUCAACGUUGGAUGCUCGACCUGACCAGUUUCUGCUGGGACACUGCCGAGGUGCGCGAACUAGGUGGGGAAGGUGACGCGCAGAGCGUCGAGCUCAAGGACGACAUGUUGUAGAACAAAACCAAUAGCACCCACUAGUCCCACCGAAUCAGGUUGUACAAAACAUUUGCGGGACAAACAAAAAGCAAGGCUGCCUUUUGUCCGCGGAUUGAAUUGUUUUCCAAUCAGCCUGUUUCAGACCUACAUGGGCCAUGUCACCACCCAUCGUGGAGAGACGGCAGGGAUCGAAUUGGAAAAGGAAAAUGAUCCAGCCUCACUUGGGGACCGCACCCAAGACAUGCCCCGAGAAACAAAAACUGUGUUACCCCCUUAACAGUACGGUACAAGUACGUACACCGAGCCAUUCAAAUCGGGGAUGGUCUAUCUGGCUCAGCUUUUGACGAAUCACGAGAUAUGAAAAUCGGAAUUAAACAAACAAAAAGAAUAAAACACCUGGGCGCACACUGUGUACGGCUUUGGAUUUGGGUGGGUUUCGAAGGAAAUGAAAGCACAUUAGAAACAAGGGCAGAACUUGGGGACAUAAUUUGUAAUACGAAAACACUAUCACACAGCUGGAUAAG